AUGGCGUCUAGGCCAAGGACUCGCCGCAGGGGAGUGGAGCCCACUGACAAGCGUGAACGGUGUUGCAAGUUUCCCACAAGGGAUCCCGAGACUUUCUUCAAGAUUGUUUUCAAUGAAAAGAUACUUAGGCUGCCAGAAAUUUUUUUACAGAAAUUUGGGGACCAACUUGCUUCCAUUGCUACAGUCAACGGUCCCAAUGGUCGGGUUUGGCAAUUGAGUUUGGAGAAAGAUGAAAACGGCACUUGCUUUAGUGAUGGCUGGGACAAGUUUUUGGAUUACCACUCUAUCAGUAGUAAUGGCCAUAUUAUAAUCUUCAAAUAUGAAGGAAAUUCAACUUUCAAUGUUCUUUUCAUGUUUGAUAUGACUGCUGGCAAGAUCGAUUAUCCCAUUGACAAUCUAAGUAGUGAUGCGGAACCUGAUUCAGUACCAAAUGAAGAAGAGGAGAAAGAUUUUGGGUAUAAUGAUGUAUCGCUUUCAACUACUUAUAGCCCUUCCCAGAACUCUUCAGAAAGUUGGACUUCUGAUGAGUAUUUUAGUCAAGGAGUACUCAAAAAGCGUAAUAAAUAUACCACUUGGACUGAUAGAAAGAAAAGGCACAUAAGAAAGGGUGCAUGUAGUAGUGGACAAGCAGCUACUCAAUCCUGUGAUAAAUGUGGUCAUCACAAAGAAAGUGAAUUUGCAAAAUUUGACAAGGAGGAAGCUGAAAAAACUCCUAAGGAAGGCAGUUUGCUAACUGCAGAAGUAGAUGACUUUUCGGCAACUUCAGGAUUUUCCAAAUUUUCUAAAACAAUCCAAGCUGCAAAGAAAAGAGCAAGUAAAGCAGCAGAUAUGUUUCAGUCUGAACAUCCUUUUUUCAAAGCUAUCUUGCGGCGUCAUAACAUAUAUAAUAGUUUUGUGUAUGUGCCUGCUGGAUUUUCUAUGAAGUAUCUACCUUCAGAGUCCAUUGCACUUCAGGAUUCUGAUGGAAAACGGUUCCCUGCACGAUGCUUCGAUAGAGAGGGUUCAGGUGCAGGUAGGAGUAUAGGCAAGGGAUGGGCUACAUUUGCUCGGGAGCAUGAUUUGGAAGAAGGAGAUGUCAUUGUCUUCGAGCUGAUCAACAGGGAAACUAUUGUCUUAGAAGUUCACAUAUUUCGUGCUAUUGAUUACUCAGGGAUGUAA